AUGUCGACUGGAUUCACCGAGUUCGAUGCCGGUCAUCGCGACUUAGUCACCGUGACCAAGUUCAAUUUCUAUGGCAAUCGCAUUGUCACAGCCUCCUCGGACCAUCGCAUGAAGGUUUGGGAUCAGAAAAAUGGCGAAUGGCAGCUAAUUGAUACGUGGCGGGCCCACGAUGGCGAAAUCCGCGACGCGACAUGGAAUGGCCCAUUUACUGGCCAGCAUAUAGGAAGCGUUGGUGAGGACAUGAAAUGCAAGAUAUGGCAAGAAGAUGUCACUCAGCCUCCAAAUUCUGGGCGACGUUUUCGGCCCAUCUGUCGCAUGACCGCUCCCCAGCGGCAUCCCUUCGUUUCAAUUGAUUUCCGCAACAUUGAUCUUGAGUCUUGGCUCGCAAUGAUCACCCGCGAUGGCUACCUGAUGGUCAUGGAGCCGGUGAGCCCCGACUCUCUCGCAGAGUGGCAGGCCCUGGAUCAGUUCCGUGUCUGCACUGCGCCCCAGAGAGGUGAAGAGACAAGCUUUAAGGUUCAGUUCCACCACGACCCUACAGAUAUCACUCACACAGUCCUCCCUUCUUCCGACCGCAAAAGCCUUUCGCUGGUCGUUGCGGCCAUGGACAGUGUGAAGGUAUACCGCACGGACGCCAAUCGCCGCUUCUACCACGCCAUAGAGCUGUCCGGCCACGGAGGCCUUGUGAGAGACAUAUCCUGGGCCAACGGAUCCGUGAGAGGCUACGACCUUAUUGCCAGUGGCUGCAAGGACGGGUUUAUUAGGAUCUUUGAGGUCUAUACAUCGGUAGAUAACGGAUCACAUACUGCAAACGGCAAUCAGACCCAGCAACAAUAUCAGUCGCCAACAAUCCGGGCAACAACACAUUCUGGAAUCAGCUCCGCGUUGACAAGUCGGACUCCUGCCACCAUGCCGAGUCGUUCGACAACAGGCGAUACUCAGUUUAAGCAUACGUUCAAAGAGGUUGCGUGCAUCGAUAGCAAUCAUUUGGAUGUGUGGCAAGUUGGGUUCUCUUAUGCCGGUAAGUACUGCUAUCUUUUUGGCGCGACGUGUCUGUCAUUGGUUACGAUCAUCUAA